CGGCACCGGGAACGGCACCGGGAACAGCACCGGGAACAGCGCCGGGAACAGCGGGAAUAGCGGCACCGGGAACAGCAGGAACGGCACCAUGGAGUACGUGACCCCCGAGCAGCUCGCCGGCUUCAGCAAGUACAAGUACAGCGCCGUGGACAGCAACCCCCUGUCCCUGUAUGUCAUGCAUCCCUUCUGGAAUGCUGUUGUGAAGAUCUUCCCUACCUGGCUGGCCCCAAAUUUGAUAACGUUUUCUGGCUUCCUGCUGCUUGUCUUCAACUUCUUCCUCAUGGCAUACUUCGACCCUGACUUUUAUGCUUCUGCUCCUGAUCACCAGCACGUUCCAAACGGAGUGUGGAUUGUGGUGGGGCUCCUCAACUUCAUGGCCUACACGUUAGAUGGUGUUGAUGGGAAGCAGGCACGCAGGACCAACUCCAGCACCCCCCUGGGAGAGCUCUUUGACCACGGCCUGGACAGCUGGGCCUGCGUGUACUUCGUGGUCACCGUGUACUCCACCUUCGGCCGGGGCUCCACCGGCGUCAGCGUCUUCGUCCUCUACCUCCUGCUCUGGGUGGUCUUGUUUUCCUUCAUCCUCUCCCACUGGGAGAAGUAUAACACAGGGAUUCUCUUCCUGCCCUGGGGAUAUGACGUCAGCCAGGUGACCAUUUCAAUUGUCUACAUAGUGACAGCCUUUGUGGGAGUUGAGGCCUGGUAUGCACCUUUCCUGUUUAAUUUCUUAUAUAGAGACCUAUUCACUGCAAUGAUUAUUGUCUGUGCCCUCACUGUGACCCUGCCCAUGAGCCUGUACAACUUCUACAAGGCCUAUAAAAAUAACACUUUGAAGCACCACUCUGUGUAUGAAAUCCUGCUGCCCCUCGUGUCCCCAGUGUUGCUGUUCCUGCUCUGCACCACCUGGAUCUUCCUGUCCCCCACUGACAUCCUGGAGGUCCAGCCCAGGCUCUUCUACUUCAUGGUUGGAACAGCCUUCGCCAACAUCUCUGUAAGAGCUUCUGCUUUAUGCCUGAGAAAAUGGAGAUUUGGUUAAAUUGAGUUUUCACACGUGCUGUGAGCACCAAAGUGCUGAUGGGAAAGGAGUUCCUGCCUCCUUUUGGGGAUUAACUUAAAAUGGGAGGACUAAAUUUUUUGGUCAAAAUUUAAUUUAGCUGCAUAGUGGUAGAAUCAUGGGAUUGUUAAAGUUGGAAAAGCCCUCUGAGACCAGCGAGUCCAACUGGCCCCCAGCACUGCCGAGGUCACCCUGGGUGCCACAUCCAGAGGGCUUUUAAAUCCCU